UUUAUUUUCUUCACCACUUUGCAUUGAUCGCAAUUUCAUGGAUUCGUGUGAACCACCACACUCUCCUCACCCUUACCAACUUCAACCGAAAAAUAUUGUACCAGUAGGCCCUAACCCAUUCACAAACACUUCCCCAAUCACCAUGAUAACACCAACAACCGCUCAAUUCCCUUUGUCCAACAUCAAUACUAAUCCUUUACCUCAAUAUGAGCAUUUAUCCUUGAUGCUAUUUGUGGGGGCUUCUUCCUCUGGAUCUGGUUCGUUUAAGAGAAAGAGGGGAAGACCUAGGAAGUAUUUUCCUAAUGGCAAAAUUACUUUGGGAUCAAGCUUGGACCCAACACAUGCUGCAUCAUUUGCUUCUCCUUCUUCAUCUGCUGUGAAGAAGAAUACCAGCGGAAGGGGAAGGGGAAGGCCCAGGAAGUAUUUUCCUAAUGGAAAAAUAACUUUGGGGUCAAGCUUGGACCCAACACAUGCUGCAACUUUUGCUUCUCCUUCUUCAUCUGCUGUGAAGAAGAAUACCAGCAUAAGGGGAAAGGGAAAGCCUCGUGGAUCUUUUAAGAAGAAACUACCUAUUGAAAUGUCAGGAGUUACUAAUGGCUCUGGUUUCUCUCCACAUGUGAUCAUUGUGAACCGUGGAGAGGACAUUGUAGCUAAAGUUGGGGCCUUUUGUCAGGGAGGACCUAAUACAGAUAUGUGCAUUCUUUCUGCUCAUGGUUUGGUUGGCAAUGCUGCCCUUUAUCAGUCAGGGUCCGUUGUUACUUACGAGGGUCGGUUUGAAAUCAUCUCAUUGUCAGGAAAUUUAGAAGUAUCUGACAACACCACUAAAUUUAAGAAAAUGGGUUACUUCAAGGUGUCUCUCGAGGGUCAUGGUUCACGCCUUUUGGCAGGCGUAGUUGCUGAUAAGCUUAUUGCAGCAUCAUUAGUAAAGGUUACUAUUGGUGUUUUUACUUUGGAUUGCAAAAAGGCUAGCUCCAAUUAUCUGAAACUUGGAUCUUCUUCGGUGCCACCAUCCCAAAUUGCUGCUUUUGGGACUCUAACUAGUGAUGCAUAUCAAGGGCCAUCAUCUGACUCCUCUGGUGACAAUGAUAAUAUUCCUUUUAAUCAACUUCCUGGAAUCAACAACAAUGCUACUCAUCCAAUUCCAACUAUGUCGAUGUACCAGGAACUGUGGGAUCGCCAAACUCAACAGUGAGGACGAGCAUUUAUGCUCACCAAUGCAAAAACAUGUUAUUUGAUUGGUGAUUAUUCCAUGUUUGCGGCUGCAAAUUGGAUUCUGAAAUGGUAACAUAAUAAUUGGGACAUAUUUUAUGAGUUUAUCGAUAACUCCUAUUUCUAUUUUUCUUUUAA